CGUAGUUACCAAAAUUAGUAGUAGGGUCGGUGAAUUGAAUUCAACAGAAAUCAUGCUGGUUGAGAUUCUAGUUUUUCUCGUGACUCUUUCCACACCAAUUUCUGCAACAUCAACUCUAAUUUCUGUAGUACAGGUAUUUCGUCAUGGUCAGAGAACUUCAGUAGAUCACUAUACUAACGACCCCUACUCGAGUUCAGAAUACUGGCCAGUGGGUCCAGGACAAUUAACGAACACUGGAAAGACACAACACUUCAAAUUAGGCCAAUAUACACGUGAAAGAUACAAUGCUUCUUUACCAAGAGCUUACGCCAGUGACUUCUUCUAUGUACAAACAACCGACGUUGACAGAACUCACAUGUCAGCUCAAUGUAAUGUCUUGGGGCUCUUUUCUCCUACAGCAACAGAACAAUGGAAUCCUGAUAUAGCUUGGAGUCCAAUUCCCAUUCAUCCAUUAGAUUCGAAUGUCUUAGCUGCUUUUCCCAACUGUGCAGCCUACUCUAGAGAACAUUCCAGAGUUUUAGAAAAGGAACCAUACUACAAUGAUAUCGAUAAAAAGUACGCAGAUUUGUAUGAUUAUCUCACAGUUCACAGUGGCGUUAAUGUAACGUCUCUGAGUGGAGUCUCGUCUAUUUUCGAUAGUCUGUUUAUCGAAAAUGAGUUUGGCUACACCUUACCAUCAUGGACUGAAGAAAUUUUUCCGGAGCCUUUGAAAACUGUGGCAGGAUAUUUGUUCCAAAGUUAUGGUUACGGCACCAAACUGGCACGUCUGAGUGCUGGAACUUUCUUGAAAGAAGUUAUAGAACACUUUGAAAACAAGCAACAAAAUAUUCCCAGUGCUCAGUUUUUCCGGAUGUAUAGCGGCCACGACUUCAAUAUUGUUCAAAUACUAUCAGCUCUAGGUGCAUAUGAGCCUCACGUCCCAUAUUUUGCAAGCACCAUCUACUUUGAGUUGUGGAAAUCUUUUCUUGGUACUUACCACGUCAACAUUUAUUAUAAACAAAAGGACGUUAUCAAGAAGAUCACACCAAAAGGAUGUUUUCAAUUUGAUUGUGGCCUCAGAAAUUUGAAAAAACAACUCCGUGAUGUCCUCAUUGACACAAAUGAUAAAGCAAAAGAAUGUAGUUCAUGAAUAUGUCUUGAAUGGUAUGUAUAAAACAACUCAAAUAUAUUAGUACUCUGCA